GAUAGUCGAGGAGGGCCGUGCGCUCCCGGAAUGCACACCCGCCGUUUCCUGCUUCAGCUAAAACCCAUAUUUUCGGCCUGACCCGGGUGAAUUUCGACAGAAGCUAAACUCUUUUUUCCCGACACCGCUUGUAAUGGCCACGGGAGCAAACGCAACCCCUCUGGGGAAGCUGCACCCCAGCAUUGGCGCUAAACGAGGCUUUGACUCCGGGCCCGGAGCGGGUAACGGGCUUAUGCCCACGCCGGGGCCGCCCGUGUCUUUCCCCGCGCUGCCGAACUUCCAGCCCCCGAUGCCCACCGUCACUUUUCCGCAGCCCCACCAGUUUAGCGCAGCACCUGGGUUUUCUGCCCAGGCUCCACAGCCACCGUCCGGGAUCGGGCUGUCCCAAAAUGAUUUUAGUCAGAAGAAGGCGAGGAAGAGGAGCCGCUGGAGCAGCGAAACGCCCGAUCAGAAGACGGUGAUACCAGGCAUGCCCACUGUUAUCCCGCCUGGCCUGACCCGGGAUCAAGAAAGAGCCUAUAUAGUCCAACUGCAGAUCGAAGACCUGACUCGUAAACUGCGUACAGGAGACCUGGGAAUCCCUGUUAACCCUGAGGACAGGUCCCCCUCUCCAGAGCCCAUCUACAACAGUGAGGGCAAGAGGCUGAACACACGCGAGUACCGCACACGCAAAAAGCUGGAGGAGGAGCGCCACUCCCUUAUUACAGAGAUGGUGGGACUUAAUCCUGAGUUCAAACCACCAGCAGAUUACAAGCCCCCAGCCACCAGAGUCAAUGACAAGGUCAUGAUUCCCCAGGACGAAUACCCCGAGAUCAACUUUGUUGGCCUACUGAUUGGGCCACGUGGUAAUACCCUGAAGAACAUCGAGAAGGAGUGCUGUGCCAAGAUUAUGAUCCGUGGCAAAGGCUCUGUGAAGGAGGGCAAGGUGGGACGUAAGGAUGGACAGAUGCUGCCAGGGGAGGAUGAACCCCUGCAUGCCUUGGUCACCGCGAACACGAUGGAUAACGUCAAGAAAGCUGUGGAGCAGAUCCGCAACAUCCUGAAGCAGGGCAUUGAGACCCCUGAGGAUCAGAAUGAUCUGCGAAAGAUGCAGCUGAGGGAGCUUGCCAGGCUCAAUGGCACCCUGAGAGAAGACGACAAUAGAAUCCUUCGUCCAUGGCAGAACUCUGAACCACGCAGCAUAACCAACACCACCCUCUGUACCAAGUGUGGUGGAGCAGGCCACAUCUCCUCUGAUUGCAAGUACACAAGUUCCUUUGCAGCCCAUAGAACAACUGGUGGUGAGCCACCUCAGUCAGCCCAAGACAAGGCUCGUAUGGACAAAGAAUAUCUGUCCCUCAUGGCUGAACUUGGGGAAGCCCCUGUUCCUUCAUCUGGUGGAGGACACCACAACAAUCAAGGAGGAGGCCCUCGAACUUCAGCACCCAGUAAUAACCAGCCGCCACCGAAUCGGCCUCCUUGGAUUAAUUCUGGCCCGUCUGAGAACAGGAACUUCCAUGGCAUGCAUGGUGGGCCAGGAGGCCAUGGGGGACACCACAACUUCCCCCCUCCAAUGCCCAAUAUGGGAGGCCCUCCAAUGCCCCCUAACCCAAAUGGCCUGCCUCCCCCCUGGAUGCAGCCCCCACCUCCCCCCAUGGGCCAAGGUCCAGGACCUCAUGGACACCCUAUGGGAUUGUUGCCUCCUCCCAUGGGCAUGAUGCCACCUCCUCCUCCACCCCCCAGCAGCCAGCCACCUCCACCCCCUUCUGGGCCCCUGCCACCAUGGCAACAGCAGGCCCCACCUCCCCCUCCAACCAGCAGCAUGGCCACCAGUGCACCACUGCCAUGGCAACAGAACACCACCACUACUUCUAGCCCUGGCACUGGCAACCUGCCUCCCUGGCAGCAGCCUCAGCAGCCUGCAGCCUCUGGGGCGCAGCCUCCACCACCAAUGGGCACCCCAUCGAUGGUGCCACCACCACCAGGAGUUCAGCCUCCUCUUCCCCCCGGUGCGCCACCUCCUCCACCACCUCCUCCCCCAGGCUCAACAGGCAUGAUGUAUGCUCCCCCUCCUCCCCCACCACCCAUGGACCCUUCCAACUUUGUCACCAUGAUGGGAAUGGGGGUUCCAGGCAUGCCUCCCUUUGGUAUGCCUCCUGCCCCACCUCCACCUCCACCCCAGAAUUGACCUUCACCAUGCCCUCCUAAAAGCUUUCAGGUCUCAUUUAGCCACAGACGGAAGUGUCCUCCAGAUGUCGGUCCAAAUAAGAGCCCACACCAUAUUGUUCACCAGAUAACCAAUAGACCGAUAAUAUUUUACACAAAGCAUCUACUACUGCUCAUUUUCUUUUGGUUAUUUGGUUUCGAGUUGUGAAAACAUUUGAAACGAUGAGGCUAUGUAGGUGAAUUUGUUUGUAAAUUUGCUUAACUUAAUUUUUCUGUUAAAGUUUGUAUCAAUAAAUACAAAGGUCUUUGUGUCUAUACAAACAUUGUUAUUCUUGGUGUAGAAAAUGCAUUUGCACUGUACAGGUAUUGCAGUGCAUUACAUGGGCAUAAAAUAAAUUGUCAAAUAGCCGUAACCUUCAACUUCUUGAACCGUUUCCCCCCCCCCAUCUUUUUUCCACCUUUUUUUUUUUAAUCGUGUUCUGGAGAUAAACCAUUAUUGAAGGUCAGUUGGAUUUACUGGUUUAAGGUAAAUCCUGAAAUUGCAUGAUACCAGAUUCUUCUGCCUGUUCCUGUGUGACAAGCUGAAACUUGUGUUAAUUACCAUUUCGUUUUGAAUAGGAUGAAUAUUUUUGUAUCGAUGUGAUGUGUAACAACUAAUUGAUCACUUUUAAAAGAUCCGAAAUUUUUGGAUUUUCGUUG